UCCACAUUCUGGUAACAGGAUCAGCAACCAGCCUUUUACCAACCAACUUGGUCAGCAUACCCUCGCCUUAGCGUCUAGUCAACGAGUAAGCAAGUCCCCAGGUUCACUCACAGGCGAAUCGUAAUACCUUCGCGUUUUUCUCUACAAUGGAUUACACAGGAUCAGCCGCAGCAGUCUCCUCACCUUGGGACACGAAUUGCGACAGCCAAUGGGAGCGCUACACCUCGCUCUACCCCUCCACCCGUGCCGCUAAUCUCUACGCCGACGGCAGCGGCGCCGCGAAUCUCAUUAACGACACGGACGACUGCGAUUCGGACUCAGAGCAGUACUACAACUCCCGCUUCUCCCUAGAUUCCAACUCCUCGGAUGGGAGCCGUCACAGCAGCGGCGCGUCGUGCUGGGAGGCCGAGCUCGCGUGCGACCCGGUGUGGGUCGACGACGCUCGUUCGCGGAUUCGCCACGCGGCGCUCGCCGUCGUCGAGACGCAGCAGGCCGUCGCAGCCGCCAACUGGAAGCAGCGCUGCUUCGCUGACUUUUCCGACGACUGCCCGGAAACGGUUGACGAUUUUUGCGGCUGCCCGGCCGCCGCGCAGCCAUGCCCGCACGACGAGCUCGCCGCUUCGUACCGCGCGAAGUACGAGCCUGCUGAAGCGCGCCGAGCCUCCUCCCGUCCGUCUUCAGCCGGCGAGUCAAACCCUAACGUUGCCUCUCCACGCCGCGGCAGGAAGGGAUUUUUUGGAAAGACGAGCGUGCGUAGCAGCGAUGACGGCGCUUCCGAAGAGGUUUCGGGGUCCAGCAGCGAGCCGAAGGCGAAGAGCCAUCGCAGGGGCCUGUCUUCGUACCUCUCUGGAUGGAUGUAACCCGUAGGGUUACCAUCUUCUUAUAGAUACUAGCUAGUUGGAGGAGGCACUUAACAACAGGUUACGGGCGCGUGGCGUCCCCGUGCCUCCUCUCAGCCCUAAGGCGUGCUGCCAUGUUUUCCCCGUAUUGCGGGUGCCUUUUGUUGAUGAAUCCAGUUUACGGAUCAAUUUUCUGACUCACCUCU